AUGGACGGGGAAGAAGUGAAGGAACUACUAGAGGAGCUCGUUCAGAGCUUUAGGAUGUACUACACCGAUCUUUACCGCGAAGUGACUAGUAUAGAAGAGCAGGAAAGAAUCCGUGACCGGUCAACCAGAGCAUGGAGCACACUGAAUUCACUGUUUAGAGAUCAGCCGGAGCUCACACACGAGUUUCUUUCCGAUCAGGCUGACGGUGCAUUGUCUGGAAUAUUGGAACGGCUUAAAGACUGGGCAGCUCAAUCAUGUACGCGACGCCCCGGGGGUGCAGCGCUUCAGCAUACUAUUAUUCCGGGUAAUGUCCAAGAAUGCAGAUCUCAUCUUGAUAUGCUUACAAUGGAUCCGCGUGGUGAGAGUGAGGUUGCCAUCUGGCCCUUCAUUAAACUGAUUAGGUAUGUGCAAUUUGUGUAG